AUGGUCGACAACCCCAACCCCGGUAACUUCCACAACCGACCUCACGAAGAGGUCGAGCAAAUUGCUCGAAAAGGUGGACAGUCUAGCCAUCACAGUGGAUUUGCUUCUAUGGAUACCAAUAAGCAGAGAGAGAUUGCCUCGAAGGGCGGUCACGCUUCACGUGGAAAAUUCGAGCCAGGAAGCCCUAGAGCCAAGGAGGCAGGUCGGAAGGGAGGUCGAUCUGCCCACCAGCAGCCGGAGGAAUAG